AUGUCUUCAUGCUGGGGUUGUAUUGGCACGGAGCACAGUAGACAGGACAGCAUUGGCUGUUGUAUUUUUUUUCUACUUUUUUUUUUUCUUCAUGACGGUCCGAAACUGCACAGAGAUUUGGAAUAUUACAUUACAGCCUUGCAGAGCGAAAGAUGGCGACUGUCAUUCAUAAUCCAUUAAAAUCGCUGGGUGACCAGUUCUAUAAAGAGGCCAUUGAACACUGUCGCAGCUACAAUGCCCGCCUCUGUGCUGAGCGCAGCGUGCGAAUGCCCUUCUUGGACUCGCAAACUGGCGUGGCACAGAACAACUGCUACAUCUGGAUGGAAAAGCGUCACCGCCGACCAGGCCAGGCGGCGGGGCAGAUGUAUACGUACCCGGCUCGUUGCUGGAGGAAAAAGAGGCGACUCCACCCACCCCUGGAUCCGCAGCUCCGCCUGUGUGAGCUCCGGCUAGAAGCUGAUCUGGCGCCCAAACGCGAGGGGCCUCCCGGGGAGGCCACCGCCUUGGAGGCGCUGUUGAGGGGGGACAACGCGUUGGAGAAAAAAAACAACCUCAGUAAGGAUGAGGAGACGCUUCUGGAAAUACAGAGAGUUCUGGAAGCAGAGGAAAACGGGGACAGUUUCCACGAAGAUGAAGAGUUUGAAGCAGAUACACCAAAGAAAAAGAACAGGAAUAGAGGCAAAAGCAGAGGAUCGACUCGCAGAAGGACAGAAUCCGUUAAUGCAGAAGACCUGGAUAAACCCUACAUCUGUGACAAUAGGUACAAACAAAAGCAUAACUCAAAAAAGGCUGAAGAAGUCUGUGGGAAGCGCUACAAGAACCGUCCGGGCCUGAGCUACCACUACACCCACACUCACCUGGCCGAGGAGGAAGGCGAAGAGGAGAAGGACGCGGAGACGGCUCCGUCGUCGCCUCACAGUUCGGACAACCACAAACCUCAGAAGGGCUCUGAUGGAACCAUCAUUCCCAACGACUACUGUGACUUCUGCUUGGGAGACCAGGACGCCAACAGGAAGACGGGGCAGGCGGAGGAGCUGGUGUCCUGCUCCGACUGCGGUCGCUCUGGUCACCCCACAUGCCUGCAGUUCACAGAGAACAUGAUGCAGGCGGUCAGGACGUAUCAGUGGCAGUGCAUCGAGUGCAAGUCCUGCAGUCUGUGCGGAACCUCCGAGAACGACGACCAGUUGCUGUUUUGCGAUGACUGCGAUCGGGGAUAUCACAUGUACUGCCUGAAGCCUCCGAUGACCCAGCCUCCUGAAGGGAGCUGGAGCUGUCACCUGUGUCUGGACCUGUUAAAAGACAAGGCCUCGGCUCACAUAGAAGCAUAAUAGGAACCAUGGGAUUAUCCACAUACACACAGCAUCAUGGAGAAGCAUUGCUAACCCUUCAGAAAACCUUGAAAAGUGAGGCAUGCCCCAAAUCCAAAUUUUAGUUUGACUCUUUUCACUCUUUGGUUAGCACAAAGUCCACACUCAAGUCUUUAGAUGACAACAGUCAUCUGUGGCAUCUUCUGGUGGCUUUUCUAUCAACAUAUUUAACAUUCUCGCCCUCAGCACCGCCGUUGCCGACUGAUUAUGUUUUUGAGAUCAUUUUUUCUAUCUUAACCUUAUUGAUAUUUAAAAGGUAGCUGACUUUUGAAGGAGAAUCUGCUGCACUGGAUUUUAUUUAGUCAUGUCAAAGUAAAAGGGUUCGCUAAUACAAAUGCAUCUCACGCACAAUACAAACUUUUAUUUGGAAAAAA